AUGAAGGUGAUGUUAAUUAACGUUGCUAUGGUUCUUCUCUCCCUCCUCCCUUUUCUCUGUUAGCUCUAUUCUGAUUCUUUCUUCUCUCUGAGCUAGCUCUCUCUAUCUCUCUCUCUCUCUCUUCUCUCUCUCUCUCUCUCUCUCUCUCUCUCUCUCUUUCUCUCUGUCUCUCUCUCUAUGUGAUGAGUGAAUAAAUUAAUUAGUAAAUAGAAGGUUAUCCAGAUUGUAUGUAUUGUGCUUUAUGAGCUGUUUGACAUUCAAAAACGCUAAGAUAAAAAGAAGAGGGGAGAGAGAGAGAGAGAGAGAGAGAUAGAGAGAGAGAGAGAGAGAGAGGAGAGAGCAGAGCGAGAAGAGAGAGAAGAGAGAGAGAGAGAGAGAGCUAGAGAGGAGAGAGGGAGAGAGAUGAUUUCGUUCUUAUUGGUGUUUUUCGAUGGCAGGCGAGUUAGCGUCUCUGCUUAGUUCUAUCCUCUCUAUGCUCUGAUCUUCUAUAUUCUAUCUCUUAUCUCUCUCUCUCUUUCUCUCUCUCUUCGUCUCUCUCUCUCUCUCUCUCUCUCUUCUCUUUCUCUCUCUCUGUCUCUCUCUCUCUCUCUCUUUCUCUCUCUCUCUCUGUCUCCUUCUCUCAUCUCCUCUUCUCCAGUUUGUGGCCUUUGCCUCCUUGUUCUUCAUCCUGGUCUCGAUCACCACCUUCUGCCUGGAGACCCAUGAGGCAUUCAACACCAUCACCAUCAUCAAACAAGUCUGAGGCGGUGCGCAACGGCAGCCUGCCGGACCUGGGUCCUGAUUACAUCAUCGAGACGGACCCGGCGCUCACUUACGUGGAGGGUGUCUGCGUGCUUUGGUUCACCCUGGAGUUCAUGGUGCGCGUCAUCUUCAGCCCAGACAAGCUGGAGUUUGUCAAGAGCCUGCUCAACAUAAUCGACUUUGUGGCUAUCCUGCCUUUCUACCUGGAGGUAGGUUUGAGCGGGCUGUCAUCUAAAGCAGCUAAGGACGUCUUAGGCUUCCUCAGAGUGGUAAGGUUUGUCAGGAUCCUGCGUAUCUUCAAGCUGACGCGUCACUUCGUGGGGCUGCGGGUGCUGGGUCACACCUUGAAGGCCAGCACCAACGAGUUCCUCCUCCUCAUCAUCUUCCUCGCCCUGGGCGUGCUCAUCUUCGCCACCGCGAUCUACUACGCCGAGCGCAUCGGCGCCAACCCCAAUGACCCCACGGCUGGCGAACACACCAUGUUCAAGAACAUCCCCAUCGGCUUCUGGUGGGCCGUGGUCACCAUGACCACGCUGGGUUACGGUGACAUGUACCCGCAGACGUGGUCGGGCAUGCUGGUGGGCGCGCUUUGCGCCCUGGCGGGUGUGCUGACGAUAGCCAUGCCCGUGCCUGUCAUCGUCAAUAACUUUGGGAUGUACUACUCGCUGGCCAUGGCCAAGCAGAAGCUUCCCAAGAAGAGGAAGAGGCACAUCCCCCAGGCCGCACUGGGGGGAUCCCCAACCUGCCUCAAGGUAGACCUCAACACCACCUGCAACAGCCCCCAGGGGGACCUCUGCAACACAAAGGGGAGCAGGGUGCUGGAGCGCAACCAAUCAGGUGAGACCGCUAGCACUCCUCCAUUGUAUCUUAAGGUGGAAUUUGUCAGUGGGCUAGAGGUUAUCCAUGUAUAGACAGAAGGGGAGGGAAAUGGGGGAAUCUAUAAGGGAUCUCAUUCAGGUGGAAACGGCGGCCAUUUAACAGACCCCCCCCCCUUGAGAGACUCUACCGCCGCUGAUAGAACGCCCAUAGACCAUUUAGCACUUCUGCCCCGCAGUCACAGCUAUCCUCCAGUUGCCACGGAGAUAAGAGAAUGAUGUGAAAGGAAUUGAUGGGUCGAAGAUGAGAAUGAUUGCUGUGAAAUAAUUCUUCACUAAUAAGAUUUUGGACGAAAACAUAAAAAGCAUUUGACGCUUGAGGUUUUAAAGUAGGGAUUGUUCAUUUGUGACUUGACUGUACAGGCCCGUUUUUCCCAUGUAGGCGGUCAUCUGUAAAUCACUCUGAUAUUGAUGGAAAUUAGUGAUGACCCCUGUCUCCUUGGUUUCUUUUAACUACAGUAUAAUCCAGUAUUUCCUCAGGGUAUGCACAUGCUCUGGUUUCUUUGCAAUAUGUUGCUUUAUUAAAUGUGAAAUAUUAAUAUUUAAUAAUUUCAGAACUAGCCAUGCUUUAAUACAUGUAUUCAAAUACAGAUAAAAUCUGUUGAGAAGCCAGCAUUAUUUUAUUUUUUUGGUGGGGGUGUAAUUUGAAACGCAGACAAUAGCCUUGGCUAUUUAUUCUUAAUAUGCUGUGUGCAAUCAAAUGACAUGCUGAAUUCAAAAUUGAUUUAAAAAAAAUAGAUUAAUUCUAAUUAAGCUUUUUCAUUAUAAGAUGUGAGUAAUGAUACAUUUCAGCAUGUUUUGUUUUGGCUUUUGGCAAGCUCUUUUAUAGGCAGACACUAGGUGCGGUGAGACCAUCAAUUGGGGUCCUGUCUAUUUUACCUUUGACCCCUGUCCCCCAGCGCGCCUGGUCCUCAUGGCAUUUGGCAAGCGCUCUUGAUGUGGGAGGCUGUUUGAUGUGUGUCCUGAUUCGAUCCCUUGACCCUCCUUUUUCUCGCCCCCUCUUCCCCCCAACCCCCCUUAACCCCUCCUCCUCCUCCACCUCUUCCUCCUCCUCUCUCCCUGCGGUCACCAGUACUGUCAGGGGACUGCAGUGGAGGCAGUGAUGUCACCAUGUCCCCCAGCACAGAGGAGAGGGUUCCCAUGCGCAGGUCCAGCACCCCAGAGCAGGAGCGGAGGAGUGGGGGGACGUGCUUCCUGCUGGCUGCCAGUGACUACACCUGCCCUGCCGACGGUGGGAUCAGGAAAACAGGUACUGCACCGUCCCUCUGGAUCAGUAUCCUUAUGCAUGUGCAUCAGUACCCGUCACCAUGGAAGUGUCCAUUCUCAUGGCUUUUGUUUGGUUUUGAAAGGCAUGGCAGAUGUCAAUGUCAUAUUCCUCCCUGACAUUUAUCCAUUAUUCAUUGUUACAUCUUUAUUGGGAAUUCAUAAAUCAUCAUUAAUUAAUGGUGAUUCAUAACGAAAUCACUUCGGGGUUUCUGUCACUGCUCAUUCAAGGAUGUGGUGCUUAAUUUAUGGUAUUGGUCACUAAACACCGCCACUAAAUGUAAUCCACAAGUCUAGCUAGUGUGAUAAGGGAGACCUACUGCUACAUCCAGUUUACACUACUCACCCCUCAACGCUUGGAUGAUCCACGAAAAGUCUCCUUCCUGCAUCUGCACAUAUGUUGAAUUUCUUCCAGGGAAGUAGAGGAAGACAGAGAGGCCCUCGUCUGCUAAUGUAAUCCAGCCUGAGGCUAUAGGGGAAUGUUGCAGUGGCGCAGUCCUGUAGUGUGUCUCUGGAAAGGUCAUGUGUGGCGACCCAGUCCGCCCACCACUGUGCCCUAAAGAUCAUCAUAAAGUUAGUUUCCAUCUGCCGCCCCAGAUAGAGCAGACAAAGCGUGCGAUAAGCCUUCUCUCUUUUGAAAGGCAUGCUAAAUGCCGUCACUGAAAUGUAGACUAAAGAACACCACACAGUGCAAUACUAGACACUAGACAAACAGAAACAAUAGGAACAGAAUCAAGGUUGUUUAUGAGGUCAUGACCUGCUGUUUGUACAGGUGCUGCCUGUGUGGUGUUAGAAUGACCUGCUGUUAGGACACAGAGCUAAUUGAAAACGUACUUUACUCGUAGGUAACGUAAAUAACAUAACCUCCACGCAGGGAGGAACAAACCCGCUCACCAGAUGACAACCAAACAUGAACAAACACGCACAAAACACAGUGGGAGCCAGAGGGUUAAAUAGGGAAGAAAUCAAUACAUAAUGGGAACCAGGUGUGAACAAUAAAGACAAAACAAGUAGAACACAGAAACAUAGAUCGGUAGCAGCUAGUACUCCGGCAACGACGAACGCCGAAGCCUGCCCGAGCAAGGAGGAGGAGCAGCCUCGGCUGAAUCCGUGACAAGGGUCUGGCAGACAACCCACUCCCCUGUGUGUAAUUGUAGAAUGGCAGGGUUAUAACUGUCAUUUAGGGUUCAUGUUAAUUAUAGCAUUAUUAAUAUAGUACGCUUUGAUCUGUUCCAGAAGUAUUUUCUUAUUAUGAUUCAUUCUAUGGUUCAAAUUGUUAUGGUUGAUUCAUUGAUUUGAUAUUGACUUAAAGCAGCUCUGAUGUCUGCAUAGGUAGUGCUCCUGUUUAACUCAACCAUCACAUGGACACACACACACACAAAGCCAGUCAGUAAAUCUCUCUGGCGCACCAGUUCAUAAACCUCACAGCCCCCCACGUGGGGACCGGGACAGUGCUGUGCCAUACUAACAGCCAACCUGGGUCUUGAGGCAAUCUGCCAGGCAUGAGACAACCCCGGACCAAUACCCACCACAUGGUGACUACGAAUCAUCAUCAUGGGCCGUGGAACAGUUGGGUGCCACGAGGCGGGCGUCCAGCUGUGCCCUCGUCUCAGCCUUCUCAGUCAGCGGUGGCAGUCGCAGUAGUGCGGCGGUUCAUGCAUAAAACAUGGGGUCCUUUCUAGUCCCCAGCGCUACCUGUCGGCACAGGCUGAAGCUGCCCUUUGUUCUGCCAGCUCGGCUGGUUCUGAAGCGGCCUCAUUUGCGCGCCGUCCCUUUUGAGUAAACGUUAAAACAAAUGGAUCCAUCUACAGUAUGCUAAUGAUGCUACAAUUCAAUUAGCUUGUCUUUCUUACUCUCCCUCUGUCUUUGUGCCAGCUGAUUGGCCAGCUCUGUUAACGGUCUGGCUGGUUUGCCGUUUGUUUGUUUCUCACUGGCGUCUGGACAUUUUAAAAGGACAACUGAUAUAAAUGAAUGUACAUUCAGUUGGCCCGCACCACCUGCUGAUCAGGCCAUAUAAGGAUAGUGUGAUAUUUCCCUGAUUACUUUCAGUCAUUACAGUCAUUAUUACAGGCUCAUCACCGUCGUUCUCUUGCCCGCUAUCAUUACGUCAUUUCCACAAUUAUCAUACUCAUCGACAUCGCGCUUUACAUUUAAACACUGUUAUUUUACAUUUGCACGCCCUGUGUUUUUUAUGCUGGCUUUACUUCAGCGAUUUCCGUAGACAUCGACACAAAUGCUGCAGUUUUUUGCCUGAUAUAUAUAAAAAACACUUUAAUUAGCAAUUGAAAUAUGAACGCGUCAGCAUUUGUAAGAGAUUAUUGCUUGAAUAAAUUGUGUGACAAAACGUAGUAAUGAUGCCAUUAUAUGAGACAUUCAUAUUGGCGUAACUGCAAAAGCAGUAAUUAAAGAAUAGUCCUGUCAACAUAUUCAAUUAAAUGGACAUUUGCCGUCUAACCUGUGUCGUGAGAAAAUACAUGUGCAUGAAUCGCUGUAUGUAUGUACUGUUGCUCUGUCUCACUCCUGUCUCCUGUCUUGUUCCGUUCACUUGGCUGGCUUGGACUUGGAAUACUUGACCGCGUGCCUGUGUAUGUUCAUGUCCCGUUCCUGAACCCUCGCCCACUCAUCCGAAGGCUGUGAGAAAUCCCCAAGCUUAAGCAACACAGCGGGCUUGGCUGGUAACGCCCUGAGGCUGUCUCCAGUGACCUCGCCCUACAGCUCACCCUGCCCGCAGAGGCGCUCCCGCUUCCCAAUACCCUCCGUCCUGUGAGGCCCGGCCCAGAGCGAGGCUUGCCUUACAUUGGUAGAGCAUGGCGCUUGCAACACCAGGGUUGUGGGUUCGUUUCCCACGGGGGCCAGUAUGAACAUGUAUGCACUCACUAACUGUAAGUCGCUCUGGAUAAGAGCGUCUGCUAAAUGACUAAAAUGUAAAUGUAAAAUGUGACCACCCCUAAAGUAGCUUAGAUGUGCGUCACUUUGAAUUCCCAUUACUUCGGUAUCGUUGUACUUUAAUAAUGGCAAUAAAAGGACUCUUGAAUGGUGGCUCUAAAAGUUGCAGCCACAACAUUUAGUAGAUACGUAUUCCUAAUCAGGGAGAUUUACAUGUUGCUAUAUUUAGAUACUUAGAAAAUACGUGCUUCCAUUAAAAAGAGAAGAAGAGAAAUAUGUCAUUUCAUUUGAGCCUCACAUGAAUGUGACGUUGUCUUUUUUCUGUCAUGUUAUUUUGUGGGGGGGGUUGGGAGAACUUGUCAUGGACUUUGUCUUGAUUCACAUGCACGCAUCUGCCACCCUGUCGCUCUCACCUACACCCUGUCGCUCUCACCUGCCACCCUGUCGCUCUCACCUGCCUACCCUGUCACUCUCACAUGCCACCCUGUUGCUCUCACCUGCCACCCUGUCGCUCUCACCUGCCACCCUGUCGCUCUCACCUGCCACCCUGUCGCUCUCACCUGCCACCCUGUCGCUCUCACCUGCCACCCUGUCACUCUCACCUGCCUCUGGCUGGGCCUGGUCAUCCUGUUUGCAUGGAUCAUCCAGUGUUAUCAUCUGCCAGCGGUGUGGCGAGAAAGAGAGAAAGAGAGAUACAAUCUAAAGAAAAGGGAGGUUAAAAACUGUGGGCCUGGGCCGUGGGAAUGUGCACAGGACCUGUGUGUCUGCAUCGUGCCACUGGCCUCCACCUGGGGAACACACAACAUAAAAUACACAACACUGGUUUUCAGUUUUCUCUGCAUGUGGGCUGGUUUGCUGCUGUUUCAAUUAUUGUACUGUGUUCUUAUUUAACUGUCAAUCACUGUGUUGCCAAGCUGAAGUCUCUCUGAUAUUAUUUGCUCACAGAUAACUGCAAAGAGAUUGUCUUUACUGGUUUCACGCAAGCAGAGAGCAGCAUUCUUUAA